AGUACACAUUUGAGAGGAGGAUGGAGGAAGAGAAAGAGACGGCCGAGGAGAAGGAGGAGGAGGAAGAGGAGAAAGAGCUUCAUCAUCACAUCGCAGCUUCAUCGUCCUCUAUGGACUACCAGGAACCUCCCAUCAUGCACUGGGAGGACCUGAGCCAGCGGAUAGCCGAGCUGGAGAAACAGGAGCAGGAGAGGAGGGAGAGGGCAAAGAGGGGGGCGGAGGAGAGGAUGGGGGAGAGCGGAGGAGCGGUGUGGAGAGGCGUGUGGGAGGAAGAGGAGGAAGACUUCAGGAGGUGUCGAGUCGCUGUUGUUGCGUCACGAUUUCACAACCACAGAAACCUGCAGCUGUGUUUCAUCAACAACAGCGACAGUGAAGACGACGAGGAAGGAGCCGACAAAAAGGUUUCCAUGGGAACAGGGCGCAACGGUUGCCACGCCGCCGGGCUGAAACAGGAAGUGGCCACCGCUCUGAGAACACUGAGAGACAAACUGCUGGCUGAACAGAAGGAGAAGGAGCAUCUGGCCGGCAGCAGUGGUGUUGCCAAAAGGAAACAUCUGGAGCGUUGGGAGCUGCAGGAGCGUUCAGUGCAGCAGCUCAGCAGUCUGAGAACAUCACUUCAACAGGACGUACACGCUCUGAGCUCUGAGCUGGUGGCUCACCUGUUGGUACGAGACCAGCUGAGGACGAAGCAGGACGCCAUGCUGCUGGACGUCCAGGACCUGACCUAACGCCGGGACCGCAGACCGGACGGUCCAGACAAACUCAGCCGAGUUUCCUCCGCCUCAGCGUGGACUUUUGGCUGCUCUGGGACCACGUCAGCCCAGGAAUCGUUUACUUCAACUAAACAUUAGCUCUACCAGCUAAUUUCUCAAAAGUGACAAACCAACAGUGUCAGUAAGAGGGAGAUGCAUCUGGAUGCUCAGGUUAAAAAGGAAAUCGGAUCACCUGAAAAUCUAUAAGACGAUGAGGAUGAGACGUCCAAAGUAAAGUUUGUGUAAGAGUUGGUACGUGGCAUUCGGAUGAUUCGAAAUAACAAGAGGAAGUAAGCUUGAAAUGACAGAAAGUCACGGUGAAUGUUUCAAACCAACAAAGGAACAAAGAUACGUCAACAUCUCUGAUCAGCUUCUGGCUAGUGAGGACAGUGUCGAACCAGGCGGAGCUACGAGGCCUUUAGAACUUCAAAAAGGAACACGAGCACAUCAUGGCUCUUGGAUUUUGUCAUAAUUUCUUCUAAACUGCACACAGCCAUUCGGUCUGUGGUUUACGUAUUCAGCUACUUGGGAUCUAUAUUUUUAAGACCAGUUCUUUGUAUUGUACCUGGAAAAGAAGGUAAAGGCCUGGAGCCGGCUGCACCAGCUGUUCGUAAGUUCAAACUGCAGUUUUAAUGUAAUCACUCAAUUAAAACCAGUUGCACCACAAACUGGUUGUUACUAAAUAUUUACAUCGACUAACUGCAGGUGGAGCUGUUGCUAAGCUAACUUAAUGUACCAAUUGAAGCUAAUAUAUAAAGAGGUAAUAUGGAAUAUCUGACAUAUCUGACAUGACAGUUAACAUUUCACAGAAUAAACACAGUAAACUUAAAAUUACUAAACCAAUAAUGUUAGACUAAAUGACCAAAUAAUUUGGUUAGCUUAGCAUAAUGAAUCUGUAAAUUGCAUGAAUACUACUAAGUCUAAAACACACAUAUUUCUCCAGGUAUGUAGAUAGAAAUAAAACAAAGUCACACCUACAUUUACAAAGGAUUAUU